AAAGUCAUCUUGUGGAGGGAAAGUAUUAAGAAUUGAGUUUACUCUAAAAUAUGUUGUAGGGUUUAGAGAAAGAAGAUAGCGUCAGUGAACUCUGGGAAGCAUAGGAGGAAAAGCGAAGCGAGUGAUUUGGGAAUGUGAAUGUGAUGGCGCAAGUUCUUCUGUAUCGUCCUCCUCUGCUUCGCUUCAUGGCUUCUCGCUUCUUCACCCGCUCUUCCUUCCAUACGCGUUUUUCUUCUCUCCCUUCUUCUACUCUCACCAAAACCAGGACGAGUUUUCAUCUGAGAAAAUCAUGGGUUCCCUGCUCGGUUUCAAUUACUGCUACCCCAAGGGCGUUUAUGUCUUCUGUUCCUACCACUGAAGCUUUUCAGAAAAGUGAAAGUUCCACAGCUUAUGGUUCUGAUCAAAUUCAGGUGCUGGAAGGCUUGGACCCUGUGAGGAAAAGGCCCGGGAUGUACAUUGGAAGCACUGGCCCUCGAGGGUUGCACCAUUUGGUGUAUGAAAUUUUGGAUAAUGCUGUUGAUGAAGCUCAAGGUGGGUUUGCUUCCAGGAUUGAUGUUGUUUUGCUUGCAGAUGGUUCUGUGAGCAUCACUGACAAUGGUCGUGGGAUUCCCACUGACUUGCAUCCAGUUACAAAUAAAUCUGCCUUGGAGACAGUGUUGACGGUCUUGCACGCUGGUGGAAAAUUUGGUGGUGCCAACAGUGGAUAUUCUGUCUCGGGAGGUUUGCACGGUGUUGGUUUGUCUGUUGUUAAUGCCUUGUCUGAGUCACUAGAGAUAACAGUUUGGCGUGAUGGAAUGGAAUACACACAAAAAUAUUCUCGUGGAAAACCAGUGACAAUUCUAAAAUGCCUUGUGCUUCCAGAUGAAAGGAAAGAUAAUCGAGGGACACGUGUUAGAUUUUGGCCCGACAAAGAAGUUUUCACCACUGCUAUUGAGUUUGAUUAUAGCACAAUAGCUGGACGGAUUAGGGAGUUAGCUUUCCUCAACCCAAAGCUUACAAUCACACUUCAGAAAGAGGAUAAUGAUCCAAAUAAAGCUCAAUAUAACAAAUAUUUUUAUGCUGGGGGGUUGGUCGAAUAUGUGAAAUGGCUCAAUGCAGAUAAGAAAGCUCUUCAUGACGUUCUGAGUUUUAGAAAAGAAACUGAUGGCAUCGCAGUUGAUAUAGCUUUUCAAUGGUGUGAAGAUGCAUACUCAGAUACAAUACUGGGAUAUGCUAAUAGUAUACGCACUAUUGAUGGUGGCACUCAUAUUGAGGCCAUGAAGGCUUCUAUAACAAGAACGCUGAAUGGUCUAGGAAAGAAGUCAAAAGUUAUUAAGGAUAAGGAUAUUACUUUAAGUGGCGAGCAUGUUAGAGAGGGUCUAACUUGUGUAGUCUCAGUCAAGGUCCCAAACCCUGAGUUUGAAGGACAAACAAAGACAAGGUUAGGAAAUCCAGAGGUACGAAAAGUGGUUGACCAAUCUAUUCAUGACUAUCUUACUGAGUAUUUAGAAUUGCAUCCAGAUGUGCUUGAUUCAAUACUUUCUAAAGCUCUCAAUGCUUUUAAGGCAGCUUUGGCAGCAAAAAGAGCGAGAGAAUUGGUGAGACAAAAGAGUGUAUUGAGAUCUUCAUCUCUUCCGGGAAAACUAGCUGAUUGUUCAUCUUCAAAUCCUGAAGAAUGUGAAAUCUUUAUAGUUGAAGGUGAUUCAGCUGGAGGAAGUGCUAAGCAAGGGCGUGACAGGCGCUUCCAGGCCAUUCUCCCUCUGAGGGGUAAGAUUCUGAAUAUUGAAAGGAGGGAUGAAGCAGCAAUGUACAAAAAUGAAGAGAUCCAAAAUUUAAUUCUCGGGCUUGGUCUUGGUGUGAAGGGAGAGGAUUUUAAAAAGGAUGCACUCCGGUAUCAUAAGAUUAUUAUUUUGACUGAUGCUGACGUGGAUGGUGCUCACAUCCGAACUUUGCUACUGACAUUUUUCUUCAGAUAUCAGAAAGCAUUGUUUGAUGAAGGUUGUAUUUAUGUCGGUGUUCCACCAUUGUACAAGGUUGUCCGGGGAAAACAAGUGCACUAUUGCUAUGAUGAGGCUGACCGUAAAAAGCUUCAAAAAUCGUUUCCUCCGAAUGCAUCAUACAACAUGCAACGGUUCAAAGAAAUAUACCUGUGGUCCCCCUCUUCCCCUUCGCAUCUCUUCCUCACCCACUUUCUUGCAUUGCAAACUCAGUGGGUUGGGAGAGAUGAUGCCUUUACAACUAUGGGAAACAACCAUGGAUCCAGAACGGAGGUUACUGAAGCAAUUAAAAGUUGAGGAUGCAGCAGAAGCAAGUGUUGUUUUUUCCUCUCUUAUGGGUACUCAGGUGGAUAUUCGGAAGGAACUCAUACGAAAUUCUGCAACCAUGAUUGAUCUUCAUCAGCUAGAUAUUUGAUGGUGCAUCUAGAUAUGGAGAAAGGAAUGGCUUCCAUAUUAGCCAUACACUACAAUAUAAAGCACAAUUUUUUCUGUAUGCCCUGGAACGUGGAGAGGUCUGAAAUGAAGAGGCUCCUGUUUUUUCAUUGGUGCCAUUUGGUGUUUUAAGAGCUGUUUUUUAGCUUGUGGGAAGUAUUUGAGAGGCAUGUUGGAGGCUCUAAUCUUAUUGUUAAAAAUUUGUAAAGUGCAUAUAUUUUUUCCCCACCUAUAUACGAUCCCAAGUUUUGUAAUUGCAUUUGCAAUCAAAUUCAUGUACUUCAGAUGUUAACCUUCACAAGUUGUCAGUGCUAAGCUUGUGUUUGAUCCUGCGAUUGAUAUUCAAAGUUAAAUUGAAGCCUUUUCUGCUUAA